UUCGCGAGAUUUGCGGUUGGCGUGUGAUGACAUUAAUAUCAGCCAAACGAACCGAAAAAUACUGACAUGAAAUCAGCUUGAAGUAACAGCUGAAUUUCUGGAGUUAUGAUGUCCAAGAAAAGGGGCAGAAAGCGAAGCAGUGGGGAGCUGAGUGACACCUUGACCCCAGAUCCUAAUGACAUUGUGGGAGUUCGCAUUCAGCACAACUGGCGGGAGAAGGGGAACCAAAGCAAAUGGAAAGGAACAGUACUCGACAGGCUGAGUGUAAAUCCCUCCCUUUUCAUGGUGAAGUACGACGGCUUUGACUGCGUCUAUGGCAUCGAGUUGUUCAAGGACGAGAGAGUGUCGAACCUGCAAGUGUUGUCGGAGACAGUUGUGAACAACAAACUAAGGAUACCCCCUGGGGCUGAGGAGCUGGUGGGCAAAGCUGUGGAACAUCUGUUUGAAAAGGAGGAUGGCGAGAAGAACGAGUGGAGAGGCAUGGUCCUGUCCAGAGCUCCAAUCAUGACCAACUGGUAUUAUAUCACUUAUGAGAAGGACCCUGUUCUUUAUAUGUACCAGCUGUGGGACGACUACGCUGAUGGAGAUCUGAGGAUUUUGCCUGAAGAAGAAAACAAGCACCUGUUGCCUGCAGACAGAAAACCAGGAGAAGAGACAGAAAGUCUGGUGGGGAAACAAGUGGAGUAUGUUACAGACAAGGGUGUGAAGCGGACAGGACUGGUCAUCUACCAGGUCCCAGCCAAACCCUCUGUAUACUACAUUAAAUAUGAUGAUGACUUUCAUAUUCAUGUCUAUGAUCUGGUCAAAACCACCUAGACAUUGUGGACACUUUUAUCUCAUCCUCCAGCCGCCUCUCAUUCACUUUUUGUUCAACUGUUAUUCACAAACAUGGCAGGGUUGAUUA